CCCUUUGUCUGUCGGAUACAAUAAAUCAAACAAGAAUAAAACCUAAGGCAAAAACUAAAAAUCGUUAAUAAUCUCAAAGAGAAUUCUUGGAACCCCCAGAAAUUUGUUGAGAUGAUUUAAAAGAAGUUAUUGACGCCUUAUUUGUGAUUAAGAAUCAUGGCAUCAGACUAUUAUCAAGUUGAGAUAUUACAUUACCUCAAUCCGAAUUUAAUAUGGGUUGAAGUUCUUAAUUCUCCCAAUGAAAUCUCAUUUGAACAGCUGGGUGUUUAUGGGAUUUUGCCUAUCGAUGCAUCUUUGGACGUUGAAAGACCUGGGUUAAAGCUUCAACGUUCAGAAGAUUGGAUGCCGGCAACAGCCAUUCUGAUGAAAAAUAUAUUUCAGAACCUUGAACAAGUUUGGUUUUCACCUACACACAUUGACCGCAGGUCAUCAAUAUUUGACAAUAACAUACAUAAAUAUGGUGAACUAAUAAUUAAAAAAAACGGUGUCCAAUUGUAUUUAUCAAAAGAACUAGUCAAGGCGGGAUUAGCUACCGAGGAUCCAUGUCAAUUUCACCAGUAUAUGAGUUUAGGCAAAAUAAAAACUAAGCUCAGUAAUACCGAAACAAGAGCAGUUAUAAAGAACUUGGAGGAAUACUACAGGAAAUCUAGUAAACCCAAAGAGCUAUGGCAGAAAUCUGUGCAUCAAAACACUAGUAUUUUCCAUGCAGGUGAGCGACUGCAAGCUUUGACAGUAAAAAAUCUGGAAAGACAUAAUAACAGACAGAAUAUUAUGUUGUUAGAGAAUAAGCUCAAAGAUCUAGAGCAGUGCAAAGGUAGCGAUGAAGUGUCCCUGGGUCGAGGCGUUUGUAGAGUACCAUCAAACAAGUCAGAGAUGGUCAUGUUAACCAACAAGAGAUUGAAAAAUAGGCUUGAAUUAUUGUCUAAAAUAAAUAUGAAAUCAGAUGCUACUGAUGCUGUAAAAUCGACUAAGAGAAACUUCAGUGGUGAUGGACAAAGAAAAAACUUUGAAAAUGAUUUUGAAUCUGAUGAUGAAAGUGUUAAAAAAGUUUCAAUUGCGAAUACCAUCAAUACUUCUGAUGGAUCAGCUAAUGUCGUAGACAAACUUUUGGACGAAAAACAGAUUGAUAAUGUUUUUAAUAAUAAAAAACAAAUCUGCUAUACAGAAAGUACUAGGAGAAACCCCGUGAAGAAAGCAGCUUGCAUAGUAUACGGGCCACCCAGCAUCAAUAUCGAUAAACUGCCGUUGAAAGAAGCUCCCAAAAUGACUAAGACUGUGAAAUGGACUCCACAUGUGGACUGCGAUAAAGAAGCUUCAGAAGUGUCGUUCGGUGACGUAGAUUCUCAUGUUAAAUUAGAUGUUAAGAAUUUAGAUAAGUUCCACGAAAUAGCAGAUAGAAUAGAAAUAGAAAAGACGAUACCGGUAGACGUAAAUAUUCAUAAAGAUCUAUAUGAUAGUAUGAUUAACAACAAGAAUGAAAGUGAAUCUAAAAUAAUGGAAACAGCUAAUUUAAAAACCGAAAUGAAGAAUCUACGUAAAUCAAGUAUCCUACAGAGCAAGCUGAAACAGUUUGACAAAUUUAAUGUUUCCUCAAAUUCUGCCGCGUCCGAAUCUAGCACGAAAUCCAGUAUGGAUUCCAGUCGUAUAUCAGAUGAGGACGAUCUCAGUUCCGAUGAUGAAAUGUCUGAGAUUAUGGAAACUUUUAAACUAAAUUUAGCUACACCUAAGAAAUCUGAAGCAAAGCACACUAUUGAUCAUAUUGAAGUAAAUAACACGAAAUUAAACGCGAACCCUUUUAAAAAUCUAGACGGAAGUAAAUCAGUGUUUGUUGAUAAACUAACAAGUCCCGUAUUGCUGGUGCACACGAAGCGUAAUAAUAAAGUACAACCAUGCAGCCUCCUUAGGGAUGUCCCCUUCGGUACCAGCAUCCACGUGGUGCUCAGAAACAUGGGCAUAAAACACCCGACCAGGCUUCAAACUGUAUCAUGGGGCACGAUUUUGCGCGGCCUCAGUACAUUCCUCAUCAGCCCACCACGAAGCGGAAAAACUAUGGGCUAUUUACCAGCGGUCUGUCGUCUAGUCAGGGAUUUUCGAAAGGAAUCACCGGAUUCGUGUGGUCCUAAAUGUAUUAUUGUUUGUGCCACAUCAAAAUCUGUAUCCGAAGUCGAGAGGAUCAGUAAAAUGCUGUUAGGUCUUGAAGAUAAAGUGUUUGCUUGUUACUCCGGGAUGGAUAAUCUCAGUGUAACAACAGCAUUGCUGAACGGUUGUGAUCUAUUGAUAUGUACGCCAAAGUCGAUUGUGCGACUGCUUCAAAACGACCUUAGCGUCGAUUUGAGGGAUCUCACCACGUUCGUUGUUGAUGAUUGUGAAAGGAUAUCAGAUGUAUAUUCGAACGAAGUGAAAUAUGUUUUGUACGAAAUAAAAAAUAUGCUAAAGAACCGUGUUAACAAAGAGCUUAAAGUCCAAAUCGUUGUGGCUUCGAGAAUAUGGUGCGACUUCUUGGAGCCGAUCGUUUUGAAAGCCCCCGAUUCUGUAGUUUGCAUUGGUGCGUUCCAAGAACUUAUAUUAUAUUCGAAAAUUAGUACGACUGUUGAUUUUCUUAGACCUGAAAAUAAAAUCGCAAACGUGUUACAGUUCAUUGACUCUGUACAGGGUCCCAAAAGAACGGUAGUCGUAUGUCGCGCCGAUAAUGAAGUUAAAGCUGUAGAAAGCUCUUUACGAUACAAUAACCGUGUCGUUUUCGCUUGCGACAACACCAUGAAUAUCCACGAUUUGUACAAUUUAAAUGUAGUUUGGGGUGAUUUCGAAGAUCCAACGUUGGGUCCAAUACUGGUCUGUUGCGAUAGUAAUUUGGUUCACUUGAACGUCACAGAUGCCAGUUACCUGAUUCAUUACUCAUUGCCGGCUCUCUUUUCGACAUUCUGCAAGAGAUUCUCCGUUUUAAAUGAUAAUUAUCCUUCUAUUUUUAAAAACGAGUCCAGAGAUUUAAAGGUUAAGGUGUUGAUGGACGAAUCUAACGUAGAACAAUUGCCGAAAAUCCUUAAUUUCCUUAAACGUUGUACCGAAAACGUUCCUAAAAUACUGGACGAAGUUUCGGAGAAGAUAUUAAAUGAAAAGGACUUGGCAAAGGUCAAAGACUUGGUGCCUCUGUGCGAUAAUUUACUGUCAUUGGGAAUUUGUCCUGAUACCUGGAAUUGUACUGAGAGACAUCGAAUAUUCAAAGAGUGUGACAGUCCAGCUGACUGGAUACCGAAGAAUGGAGUGGUCACUUUCCAAAUUUUAUAUUUCCAUUCAGCCGUCAUGUACUCUGCUCGUUUACUGUCAAAUACAGUGGACGGUGAAACAACAAAAUACCCUCAGACCUACAGUACUCUAUCCCUCAAAAUGGGUAUGUACUUCAGCAAGGAAUCUAGCAGACGGCUGCAUGGUAUUCCAAUGGUUGGCGAUGUGUGUGCUGUAUCAAAGAAGCAAAAUUUCUUCAUUCGAUGUCAAGUAGUGAAGAUUAUAAGUUUUUAUAAAAACGGAAAUCCUAAUUAUGUAGUAAUAAAGCUUAUAGACGAAGAGAAGUUUGAGCAGAGUCGCGAUAUUUAUUUAUACCAUUUACCCGACGAAUUCAAAGACAUGAAAACUUACGUUGUACAAGUCAGACUAGCUAAUAUACAACCACAGGACAAAGACAUUACGUUUUCUUGUUUAGCUAAAAAUGAGCUGGAGAAAAUCGUUGAGAAGAACGAAGAUUUGUUCAUGAGAGGCCACGUGGCUAUGAGUGUAGGAAGCUGUAUAUUUGUGGAUACUUUAGAAGCUUGUCUGGACCUAUCAUCUCUCAGCGAAACUGUAGUAAGGCAUAAUUUCAAACAAGAACUAUUAAACGCUCAUGCUGUUCCUAAUCCUAAACAUUUAAGCAUUUUAGAAGAAAUGUGCGAAAAGUCUGGUUUGAUUGUUAAAGCGGUGACAAACGAACAGGUAGUGCCAAAACCGAUACCAGUACUACCAGCAGCGCAAUGGGCGCACCUGGAAGAUGAUUUGUCGUCCGUAUAUUUGGCCUCAGUCGAAGAUAUGGAUAAACUCUUUGUUCGUCUUGUGAAAUUCGAAAGUUGCAUGAAAUUGUUGAACAUCGAGAUUAAUAAAUAUGUGUCCGAAAACACCGUUCCGUUGGACGGGUCAAAUGUUGGGGAUAUAGUACUGGCUAAGUUCCCUGAUGAUUCGAUGUACGAGAGGGCAAGGAUAGAUCAUAUUUACUCAGAAGACAAAGUAAAAUGCUUCUUCGUUGACCAGGGUGAUUGGAGGGAUGUCUCCACAAACGAUCUAGCGACAAUAACCGAGAAUUUCAUUACCCAACUACCAUUCCAAGCGAUUGAAUGUAGAUUAAUAGGCAUCAGACCUUUUGGGGAGCAAUGGACGGAGUUCAGCACGAACUGGUUUAGCGACCAUUGUUUUGAAGAUGCUAAAGGCAAUUUGAAACACCUUUACGUUAAGCAUUUCACCAAGGAAAAAGCCGAUUGUACUGGAGGUCACAAAUAUGGUGUUGCUUUAAUAGACACAUACACGAACGAAGACAUUAUAGUUAACCAGCUAUUGAUAGACUUGAAUUUAGCCAAAGAAAACGUAGAUGAAAUAGCAUAUCUAUCAGAAAUCAAAUGCAAUAAAACGGUUUUAAAUAAUGACGCAACCGUUGAUGAAGAAGAAGGUAGCUUAUCAGGUGUUAGUGAACCCGAGAGUAACAUAAACGUGCCCUUAGAUAAGGUAUUCUUAAAACCACCGAUCCGCUCAGUGCCGCUAGUUGAUUCCGAUAACGAAACGAGUGAUUCUGAUACGUGGCAGAUCAACAGGCCUGAAGAUUUCAAAGCGCUUUUCAUGAGGACCAGACCCGAGUCUUCGAAAAUAAUACCUAUGAUAACUGCCAAUGAAGUACAAAACAAUGCAGAUGGAGAAACGUCAAAAGAUACUUCGACUAUAUUAGAAGAAAAGGGUCAAUUGCCAGAAAAAGUCAAGGACGAUGAAUUGAAAUUGAGCAAACCGAAGAUUUGUUGGAGCCAAAACAAAAAUACGGUGAAAUUGAAAAUUUUGAUUGCCGGAAUCGAGGAUUACAAGCUGAAAAUCGAAGAUCGAGCUGUCGCGUUCUCGGCCAAUCACUGUGACGUCGAAUAUGGUUUCAAACUGGAACUGUACGGAGUCGUUGAUGUUAACAAAUCUAGACAUUCGAACAAAGGGCAAUACGUUUUGGUGACCAUGACGAAAUUGAUGUGCAGAAAUUGGCUGGCGUUGACCAAAGAGGGGGAUUCCCAGAAGUGGAUCGUGUACGAUGUUGAUACGAUUGAGGCUUCGUCAGACGAAGAAGUGUAUCGCGACGAUACGUUAGAAGUGAUUAAGAACAUUCACAAUACAAAUAACGGAUCUGACAGCGAAGACGAUGAUUUCUUGGAUGAUGUCAGUUAAGAGGCAAUUAUUGAAAAAAAUAAUUUUUAUGGCUGUGCUCUGUGUGUGAGGGUCGUGUCCAAAAUAUUUUUUUGUUGUAUUUCGGUUGGUUUGGGUGUAGGGCCGUUCGAAGGACAGAACAUAGGAAUGCCUGUGAGUUUCGUUGUCUUUUGCUAUAUAAUUUUAUCG